UCUAGCGCUCCCGGAACUGAAGCUGGGCGCCGGGCGGUCCGGAGGCGGGGGCCACGUCAGCGGGGCGGCCGGGGGCUCGGCGGGCCGGCCGGUUGCGCCAUGCGGCGGGGCGCGCUCCUGGCCGGCGCCCUGGCGGCGUACAUCGCGUACCUGGUGCUGGGCGCGCUGCUGGUGGCGCGGCUGGAGCGGCCGCACGAAGCCCGGCUCCGAGCCGAGCUCCAGACGCUGCGCCAGCAGCUGCUGCGGCGCAGCCCGUGUGUGGCCGCCCCCGCCCUGGACGCCUUCGUGGAGCGGGUGCUGGCGGCCGGACGGCUGGGGCGCGCCGCGCUCGCCAACGCCUCGGGGUCCGCCAACGCCUCGGACCCCGCCUGGGACUUCGCCUCGGCGCUCUUCUUCGCCAGCACGCUGGUCACCACCGUGGGCUACGGGUACACGACGCCACUGACCGACGGGGGCAAGGCCUUCUCCAUCGCCUUCGCGCUGCUGGGCGUGCCGGCCACCAUGCUGCUGCUGACCGCCUCAGCCCAGCGCCUGUCGCUGCUGGUCACCCGCGCACCCCUGUCCUGGCUGAGCCGGCGCUGGGGCUGCCACCCCCGGCGGGCGGCCCGCUGGCACCUGGUGGUCCUGCUGGGGGUUGUGGUGACCGUCUGCUUCCUGGUGCCGGCUGCAGUCUUUGCCCACCUUGAAAAGGCCUGGAGCUUCCUGGACGCCUUCUACUUCUGCUUCAUCUCGCUGUCCACCAUCGGCCUGGGUGACUAUGUGCCCGGAGAGGCCCCCGGUCAGCCGUACCGCGCCCUCUACAAGGUGCUGGUAACAGUCUACCUCUUCCUGGGCCUGGUCGCCAUGGUGCUCGUGCUUCAGACUUUCCGCCGUGUGUCUGACCUUCAUGGCCUCACAGAGCUCAUCCUGCUGCCCAGGCCAUGCCCUGCCAGCUUCGACCAGGAUGAGGAUGAUCAGGUGGACAUUCUGGGCCCCCAGCCGGAGCCACGACAGCAACUCACUGCCGGCUCACACACUGACUACGCCUCCAUCCCCAGGUAGCUGGGGCAGGUGCCGCGAGGCUGUGAACCUGGCCUGCGGCUGAGGGCUCCACGGGACUGGAACUGACAAACUAGCACGUCCACAAGCACAUGCCGGUGUCCCUGAGGCCCUGCCUCCACGGUGCAUCCUCUGUCUUACGUGCCUGAGCACCGCUCAGACCCAGGAACCAGCAUUGCCUUGUUUCCUCUGCCCCUCCUCUCACCUCCCCCCGCACUCUGUGCUUCCCUGGCUUUCUCACCAUCUCUGUCUUUCCCUCUCACCAUCUGCUUGUUUCUCAGUCUUUUACUCAGGCCAGCUGCCUCUCUCACUUGGCCACUCAUCACCUACUGAUUCUCCCAAGCUCUGGGCUCACCUCUCAUUUCAGGUGCUAGAUUGGUCACUCCACCUUGGACAAGUGACCAGCCCUCUCUGAGACUUGAUCUCUUCAUCUGUGAAGUGGAAAGAAUACAUUCACUCAUUCAAAACUUCCUCCUCUGUGCCAGCCCAGGCUGAGCAGUGCUAGGGAAACAGCAGUGUUUGGGAUGGUCCAGGCCCUGCUCUCAUGGGGCCUGCUGUUCUAUAAAGUAGACAGACCUGUUCCCACACGACAGUCCCUAACAGGCAGGACUUCAGAGGGGGUGGGGUGGGGUGGGCAGAGUGGUCUGGGCUGCGGUGGAGGAAGCACAAGGAAUGUAUCCAAUCCAGCCUGGAAGAUCAGGGAGGGCUUCCUGGAGGAAGGGGCAACUGAACUCAGACCUGAAAUCUGAGGAGUAGUCCAGGGAAGAAGGUGUACCUGACUCAUUUUCCCCAAGUGUAUCCAGAGAGCAAGACACAUUUGGAGGCUCCUGGGGGAGGCCUGUGUGAUAGAAUCUUCUGCAGCAGCCUGGCAGGCAGGAAGCUGAGACGGGAUCCCAGCCUGGAUCCGAAUGAUAUAGGAAGCGCUGCUUUUAGUGAGACACCAUUGUAACAGCUGUUCCCGUUUACCAAGGACUAAUUACAUUACAUGCACUGGGCUCUGGAGCUAGCCUGCUUGGGCUCAAAUCCCAACUCGGCCAUGUCCUGCCUGUGUCCUUGGGCAAUCACUUUGCCUUUGUGAUUCCCGGUUUCCUCAUCAGUAAAAUGGCAGUAAUAAUAGUGACUUCAAAGGUGGUUUCACAGAGCCCGCCAUGUUAUUCUGUGAUGUUUUCUUUGGCCAGGCCCUGUUCUGGGUACUUUACAUAUGAGGAAGAUAAUGAUAUUAUCAGUCAACGUGAGCGUGUCCUCAAAUUUAGACCAUCUUGGGAACUUGGCUUCUUUCUUGAGGACAUUAGAGAGCCAUGGAAGGGUUUUGAGCAGGAGAGGGCCAUGAUUAGGUUUGGGUUUUAGCUGCUGUGUGGAGGGGGAGGCUGAGGCUGGGUGCCCAGGGGAGGCUGGGGCAGAAACAAAGCAGGAGACAAUAGGACUGGGUAGGGCCAAGGGGAGAGGAGGAGGGGGUGAGUCAAGGGAUGUUCAGAAGGCCAAGUGGACAGGCCAUCAGCCUUACAGACUUGGGAGGGAGAAGGCCAGGGAAAGGUCCGAGGAUGGUCAGCUGCCCCUGAGGUGGGGACCUGAGAGAAAGAACAGAUUUGAAGGGAGAUGCUGAGGCUUGUUUGGAACAUGGUGGCUGUGAAGAACUAAAGGGAUACCCAGAGAAGGUGUCAGGAGGUUACAGGACCCUUAGGGCAAAGGCUCAGGGGGUGGUUGAGGCUGGAGACAGAUGAGGAAACCAAGGCCAUGAAGGUGGGUAUGACAGCCCUGGGUGGGAAUGAAGAGAGAAGACCAGCCUUGAGAAAUCAGCCUUAGGGUAUUUAUAUACUUAUAUCAGUAAGGAAAGAUGUGGGCUGCAAGUAACAAAAUCCUGACUGGCACUAGCUGAAACAAUGAGAUGGUUGUAUAUUGUACGUCACCAGAGUUGGGGAGAGCUCCGGGCAUGAUACAAUCCACAGCUCCAAGAGGGUCUUGUGGCCCCAGGUUCCUUCUCUGCUCUGUUACCCUCAGCUGAAGGCUAGGUUCCCACAUGGGCUCUCCUCAUGGCCUCAAAGUAGCUGCCACGGGUCCAGGCGUCACAACCAGACAUGUUAAAUUUUAGUGCAAGAAGGGGGGAGGUGGGGUGGAGGCAUCUCUUCCCGUGGUACCUCUUUGGAAACCAGGAAACCUUUUCCCAGUGUCUUCCAGCAGACGUCCUUUUCCAUCUCAUUGGCCAAAACUGGCUCACAUGCACAUCUUGAACCAAUCAUUGGCCAGACUGAUGGCAUCACCAUGAUUAGCUUAGAUUCCCCAGGAUUCCCCCUGCUGCCCAGCGCUGAGUCUGGGGCUGAGGUUUUAGCUUGCAGGCUGGUGAAUACUUGAACAAAACUGGGCUUCAAUUAGAAAGGUAGAGAGUUGGGAGAAUGGUCAGACGUCAAUGAACUAAUCAGCCAAGGCAGUGAUGUACAAUUAUGCAGGCUGGGACCUACAUAAGGGAUGCCUGGCUGGCAGGGUGGAAACAAAUAGGGGCUGAAGUUCAAGGCUGAAUAUGCCCAAAAGGGAUUUCUUUUUCUAAUUAACGUAACAGCCCCAUAUGGUGAGCAGUGACCCUUCAACCAAUGCCCUCAUACCAGAGAGAAGAGCUUACAAAGGAGACAGAAAAGGAGUUCUAGAGAGGAGUAGGAAAACCAGGAGGGUGGGGCGUAUUGGUAAGAGAUGAGAGAAUUUUAAGGAGCGAGAAGGCAACAUUGUCGAAUGAUGCUAAGAAGUCACACAGAAUUGUUUUAAUAACAAUGACAGAGGGACUUCCCUGGUGGUGCAGUGGUUAAGAAUCCACUUGCUAAUGCAGGGGACACGGGUUCAAUCCCUGGUCGGGGAAGAUCCCACAUGCCGCAGAGCAACAAACCCCGUUAGUCACAACUACUGAACUUGCACUCUAGAGCCCAUGCUCCACGACAAGAGAAGCCACCACAAUGAGAAGUCUGCACCACAAUGAAGAGUAGCCCCCACUCUUUGCAACUAGAGAAAAGCCUGCGUGUAGCAACAAAAACCCAAUGCAGCCAAUAAAUAAAUAAAUUUUAAAAAAGAAUAAAAAAAAAA